AGGAGAUUGAAAAAGACACAAGGGGGCAAGACCUGGGACAGCUGGAAAGCUCUUGGGCGAGAAAAGGGGCUGAGGAAACUCAAACUGGGCUCUAAUCCUCACCUGGGAAGUGUCUGCCAUCUCAGGACUUCACCACAGGGCUUUACGGUCUGAGGAAGGGCUCAAGCAGUCGAGAAAAUGUUCCCCCUCCUUCAUUCAGAUCACAGCAGAGAGCCGAGGACACGGGCCCAGACCAUUAUGGGGGAGCUCACAGAUGGGGAAGCUCUGGUGGAGCUCGAUUUAGGAAAGAAGGUGAGCAUCCCUCGGGAUCUGAUGAUGGAGGAGCUCUCCCUGCCAAUCAACAAGGGCUCCAGGCUGUACCAGAAGAGGCAGAGGAGAGUGCAGAACUUUGUGCUGGAGCAUCCUUCGGGCUAUAGAAUUAUCUCAAAUGCUUCUGGAGGAGGAGGAGGCUCACACGCUGAUUACGAUGGAGUUGGCAUGUCAGAAGGACAGUCUAUCCUUAAUGCCGAAGGGAAGGAGAACUACCAGGCUGGACUUCACGAAGCAGCCUCAGGAAAGGCGACACCUCCCAAAGUGCCAAAGAAAACAAACAAAGUCUUGCGGAUGAGCAAAGCCCUGAAUCCCAAUGCCAUCGCUCCAGGCUAUUCUGGACCUCUAAGUGGCGUACCACCAGAGAAGUUCAACUGGACAGCCAUCCCCAAAGGCUACCAGUGCCCCUGGCGGGAGUUCCUUAGCAGCGAGGACUACCAGGUAGACCAUGAGACCCGUUUGCCUGAAGCUCCCAGAAAAGUGAAUAGUUUUGACGUCAGGAGCUUCAAUAGGACCCCAACCCCAUUUGGUGGACCAUUACUGAACGAUGUGAUCCCUGGGUACGAGAUGAAUGAAGCCCAGACAGACAUGAGCAGCUUGGAACUGAUGCUAAACAGGCCCAGCUUCAACAGAGCACCUCGGGGCUGGAUACAGGAGAUGCCAGAAUCCGAAGAUCUGUAACUUGCUAUAAUGCUAGCCUCCUAGUUUACUAAUGCAGUCAUGGGAAUAAGAAAGCAAGCACCCUCUUUGAAUUCUGUUGCUUUACACAUGAAGACAUAACAACAAUCAUCUGUUCCUUAGGAGGUCUUAAAAUUUGGUAAAUACAAUCUCAGACGAACGGCGACACAUGACACAUUGCACUAUGUCGUGAUUUAUUUAACAGAAAUAAAGCCAAAACGGAAAAGGCGUGUGUGAAAAACUAAGUACACCUUGUGAUUCAGUAGCUCGUAGAAGCACCUUUUGGCAGCAAUAACACGAAGCAAUUGUUUUCUGUAGCACUUUAUCUCUCUCACAUCAUUGUGGAGGAAUUUUGGCCCAUUCUUCUUUACAACAUUGCUUCAGUUCAUUGAGGAUCGCUUUCCUCCUUGACAUUGUGUUAAAACACACCUGAAUGCUCCAGACCAGCAAACUGCUAAAAAACCCCCCAGCUUUUAUAGAGGUGGGCACACAUGCUGAUGAUCAAUUAAGCAAUGACAUUUGAUUAGCAGCCCCUGUCUGCUACUUAGCUUCUUAAUUCUUAUGGAAGCAGUAUGGGUGGACUUAGUUUUUCCACACGAUUUCUCCAUCUUGACUUUAUUUCUGUUAAAUAAAUCAUGGCACGAUAUGUCAUGUGUUGUUGUGCAUCUGAUGUUGCAUUUACCUAAUUUUAAGACCAGUUAAGGGACAAAUGAUUGCUAUUAUGUCCUGAUAUGUAAAACCCCCAUAAUUCAAAGGGGGUGCACUUCGCUUUUCCUAUGACUGUAUACACCUCUCUAGCAUAGGAUACCCUACUCACACACAAGGCAAAGUUGGAAUAGUAGGUCAUGCUUGUUACUAUUACAUGUGUCCUGCACAAGCUCCUGCCUAGGGCUUUUACUGUACAAUUUGACUGUACAAGCACAGCCUGCAACCCACUUCAUAUUGGGAUUUAUGUUUUUGAAAGGAUCCUUCUACCAAACCCAGAACUGCAAAAGCCAAGAUGUCAGGUUGCUGCUUGAGUCUCAAAAGGAACCUAGUUUGUUCAGGAAAGUGAACCUAUUUCCUUCUGAGAAGCAUGAAGCUACAUUCAAGUUCAAAUGAGUUAUAUUUCCUUUGGUCCAAAGAGAAAAAACGAGUCUGGAUGCCAAGUUUGUGUCAAAUACCACCCCAAAACUUUCUUCGGAAUGCCAUCAAAGUAAGAUGCUGUAACAAUAAAAAUCACAUCAAUAGCUAGGUAAUAGCAAUAAAGAUUUGAAAGCUGUCUUCUAACUUCAUUUUUCUCUUGUCCUAGAAGCUAUUUGCAGAUAGGUGUUGUUGUUUGUUUUUUUGCAUUCGAGACAAGACCCAACAUCUAGCUUUAGAACAGGGAGGGAUGAGUCAUAACUUUAAGGCCCAAGACAAAUUAGGUUGCGGGGACACAGUAGCCGUUUGCUAUGGAACCUAAAUACAACAUCACCAUGGUGCUAAUGAACUAAUAAGCAGUGCUGAGAGAGCCAACUCUGCCAUCUGAUGGGAAGAGCUCUUUCCACUAGCUCAUGCGGAAAGCAACACAAAGUUUUGUUCUCACUAUUUAGCCUCAUUAAAUAUGUAGCAGGAUAUGUGAAGCCUAAGAAGCCCAUUAAUAUAAAAUAUUUAAAUUUGAACUUAAGGAUUAGAGAAAUUAGUGGGAAAUCGACUCGAGGAGGGGGAGAAGCAGGGCAGUAAAUUCAUGCUUGCCAUUUCAAUGGAAAUCGCAUGUAAACAGCAUUCUAGGAUUGCAACUUAAGAUCUCCUUACCCACAAACUGGAAAUAAAACAGGAAAAGGGGGCUGAAAUUAAAACAGGAAAAAGGAUUGUCCCUUAACUGACCUGUUUGUUACUAAUACAGUUCCCAAAACGGACCGUGAGUGGGCGCCACUGGUCUGAUCACACUGUCCUGGGUUUUCUACUCUGCCUGUAUUGUUACAGGCAUUUUAUAAAGCAGACCUACAUAUUCCAGAUCUUGGAAUAGAUGAGAACAUACCAGUAAUAGUUUUCAUUUAAAUACCUACUUUCAUUCAUUUAUAGCUGCCAUUAUUAUUAUUAUUAUGUUUAUUCAGCUUUGUGGGACUCCUGUGUAAUUUUUAUGGCUAUUUUAAAUUAUUGGUAUUUAUGUGGCUAUUAAACUAGGCAGUUUUUCUUAGAUUUUUGUUAGUGAUUGAGAGGCUACAACAUGUAAAAUAAAUGUAAUAUUAAGAACAUUAGCUGUCAGAGGGACUCUUUAAAAGGGAACUUAAAAGCUAAUUCCUACCUGUAUGAUUUGUUGUUAGAAUGGUAUACAAAAGAUGAACUGACAAAAGACAUGAUGAUAAAAUGGGCAAAAGAUUUUGGGUAUAAUAUUGAAUACGAUGCGUGGUUGAAAUUGUGGAAUCAAACAUUGAAAUUUACUGCAUGUACUGCCCUGAAAAAGAAUGUCUUGAAGAUGAUGUACAGAUGGUAUUUAACACCAGUAAAAUUAGCCAAGAUGUAUAGGAUGAGUAGUAAAACAUGCUGGAAAUGUAAAGAGAAGGAUGGUGAAUUUUAUCAUAUGUGGUGGACAUGCGAAAAAAAUUAAAAGAUUUUGGGAAAUGAUAUAUAAUGAACUGAAAAAGAUUUUUAAAUAUACCUUUCCCAAAAAACCGGAGGCUUUUUUACUGGGUCAUAUAGGACAAGAGAUUGUAAAAGAUCAAGUAUUAUUUAUGUAUGCGACAACCGCGGCAAGGACUUUGUUAGCCCAAAAAUGGAAAACUCAGGAGUUACCAACGAUCGAAGAGUGGCAGACAAAAAUGAUAGACUUUGCGGAAUUAGCAAGACUGACUAGCAGGAUCCGAAACCAGGGAGAGGCAAGGUUCCAAAAAGACUGGAGUAAAUUCGUGGACUAUAUGGAGAGGAACUGUAGAAGUUUAAAGACACUUGCAGGACUGAAAUAAAUCCUACGAAAUGACUUUAAGUAGAAGGAGCAAAGGAACUGCGAGACAAGAGUUGAUAAGAAAACCAGAUGAGGGGAGGGAGGGAAGUCAAAGCUCGGCAGAGCACUGGGAAUAUGAGAUAGAUGAAUAGAUGUUAAAAAGAGAAAAUUUGUGUGUGUGGUGUUUGUUGUGGAAUGUUUUGUUUUGUUUAAUGUGUUUAAUGUGUUUAUUUGAAAACCUAAUAAAUUGCUUUAAAAAUAAAUAAAUAAAAGCUAAUUCCUACCAAAGGGGGCACUUCAACAGCUAUUCCGAACAUCAAGAGUAGACUUUCCAUUCCAGCUCCCAUAACACAGCAUAUAGGCAAUUAAACAGGUAGAAAUAUCAGACUAUUAUUUGUUACAAAAUCCUUGUCAGUGAAGGAAUAGUUCUAAAUUUUUGAACUAGAAGUGAUGUUUACAUUUGGACAUAUGUGGGGAAAUAAAAUGAACUAUAUUUUGAA